AUGGUCGUAGUUUACGGACGUCCUCGCGGCUACGGUUACGGAUACGGUUACGGUCAUGGCUACGGUUACGGUUACGCUAGACCGGCGAUCGUGGCCCCGGUUGUGGUCCAUCGGCCAUUCUACUACCCGAUCUACGCCCCAGUUCAUGUCCCCCUGGUUCCCUAUGCUGUCCCCGUGGUUUGUCUUGAAAUUCCUGUUAUUCCCGGGCAAAAUGGUGCCAAAUUCAACAAUAAGGGGUAUUAAAAAAUCCCUAGAAGACUAGAUUAGGGCAAAAUUAACUACAGGAGACGUCUAGAUUUUUCUUCUCGCAACUUCUCCCCAAAUUUCAGUACGGCAUCCUUCUCGGACUCCUUGGAAUGCUCCUAUUCUUCUGUUUCUGCGGUUUCCUAAUUAUUUUAAUGCGACGGCAAGAGGAGCAGCAAUAUGGUUAGUGAUCUGAAAAAAAUAUUAUUCAAUAUAAAGUCGAAAAAAAUAAAAAGAAUAAAAUCGACAUAUGCGUAUAAAUAAGUAUAAAUGAACAAGCGAUUCAUUCUUAAUGAUAUAUUGAUGGGAAAGAAGUGAAAAGGUUAAUAAAAAAAGGAAAAAAAUUGUGAAGUAAUUUUUUUCUCAGGCGAGCGCGUCUGAUUUGUACGAAGCUCCAGUAGAACGCUUUUAAGAAUUUUUUUAAAAAGUUUUUUUCUUUUUUUAAAAAAAAGCUUUUUCUAUUUUUUUAAUUUUUGUUUUUCUUUUUUUCGCUUUGCUUUAAAAGCAACAAUAAAAGUUAGGAAUUUUUUAUGAAUCUUCGCGUUUGCAUUCAUCUUCAUUAUUUCGUUAAAUUUCGACUUUUCAGUGAUACAACAAGAACCAACCGCCGUAUAUGUUGAUCAGCAACAGCCUUCCCCCGUUCCGGUGCCGACCGAAGACCAGAAAAAUCCCUCAAAAGCAUCAAAACUAAAUUCGCCACAAUCGAAAAAGCCAAACACGAAAGGGAAAUCUGCGGAACCUACUUCCGCGGGAGGCCCACGGCAGCAACGAGUUGUGGCGGCUCCGCAACAAAGGAUGUAUGUUUUUUCUUUUAAAUACUGAGCAGAGUCCUUUGUUGCUUCUUUUUGGUUGUAAAUUGAUUCACAAAAAAUACUUUUUUUUAAUAAAAAAGAAUCAAAUGUUUAGAGUUCAACAACCGGCGCCGGUUAUCGUCCAAGACCCGUACCCAAUUUAUCCAGCCCCAGUUUUUGUUCCAAUGGUGGAACCAGUCGUCUACGUCGAUCCUGUUUACGCCUACGAUUGUGAUCCCGUUAUUAUCCUUUGA